GGGAGAGCUCGAGCUCCUGCUCCUCUCACAGCUCCGCCCAGCCCCCACCCCCGCCCUCCCGCGCCGCCAUGGCGUCCUCCACCUCCUCCUGCGACUCAACCGCCGUGCCGUUCACCCUCCUGGGCGCGCUCCUCACCGCGGGCCCUGCUGCCUGGCCGGCCUGCGUCGGCGGGGGCCGCGCCUUCCUCCGCGACUACGCCCAGCGGGGCACCAACGCGCUGCUCUGGGCGGUCCUCCUCGCCGUCACCUGGGUCCUGCUCGUCCGCGUCGCCGCGCUGCUCCGCCUCUGGGCCCUCGGCUCCCGCAUCCCGGGGCCCCGCGCGCUCCUCGCCGACCCCGGGCUCGCCGACGUCCUACGCACCGGCGGCGACAUCACCGGUUUCCUAUCAAAAUUGCAUAGCAGCUAUGGUCCAGUUGUUCGCCUGUGGGUAGGACCCUCUCAACUACUUGUAUCAGUUAAAGAUCCUACUCUAGUCAAAGAGGUGCUAACAAAGGCUGAAGACAAGUUACCAUUGACUGGUAGAACAUAUAAUUUAGCUUGUGGAAGACUUAGUCUAUUUGUGUCCUCAUUCGAGAAGGUCAAAAGUACAAGAGAAUCUCUGAAAAUAUUUUUGAAUGAAAAACUUACAAUUGGUGGCAAUCUAAAUUCAUUCAAAGUUAUCGAUGCUAUCAUGUAUAGAAGCGACUCUAUUAUGUCCAAGGAUUUUCUGGACAGUAGAUCUUUCUCCCGGCACAUGGCAUUUAACAUCAUUGGUGCAACUCUUUUUGGUGAUGCCUUCUUGGAUUGGUCUGACACUGUUACUUAUGAGGAACUUCUUAUGAUGGUUGCAAAGGAUGGUUGCUUCUGGGCUUCUUAUGCAGUUUGUCCAUUUUGGAAGCCUAGUUAUAGGAGGUACCAGACCCUAUGUGCUAAGCUGAAGAUAUUAACAGAGAGCAUCAUAAGAAAAUCGAGAGACCAAAACAGUUCAGUUCAUCACUUUGAUCAGAGAUCCUAUCAGAAAAGUGAAGGGAUGAUGGCAGGUCAUUCUCUCCUUGGGGCUGCUGAAGAAUCACUUAGUUCAGAAGAGGAGAUAUGUGGAAACAUCAUGGGUUUGAUGUUGCAUGGUAUUUCCACUUCUGCUAACUUGAUUGGCAACAUUUUGACAAGGCUUGUCGUAUUCCCAAAGUUGCAAGAUCAGCUACAUGCGGAGAUUGUUGCAGCCUGCAAUGAAUCAUCUGAACUGGAGGUUGAUGAUGUGCUUAGGAUGCGAUUUCUACUUGCUACUGUAUGUGAAUCUGCUCGCCUUUUGCCUGCGGGACCUCUUCUGCAGAGGUGUUCUUUGAAACACGAUUUGACUCUUGGCUCGGGCAUCACUGUGCCAGCUGGAGCAAUAUUGGUAGUUCCUUUGCAUCUUGUCCAAAUGGAUGCUUCUGUGUGGGGCAAUGAUGCUGGCCAGUUCAAUCCUCAUCGGUUCCUCAAAAAGGACAUUGUUCUUGGAGAUAUAUUAGCAGCGCCCAGUGGCUCAAAUGGGAUGAAUCUUUCCACCGACUGUGCUAAGACUGAGUCAUUUCUUCCAUUUGGUUCUGGAAGUCGAGCAUGUGUUGGCCAGAAGUUUGUGAUUCUUGCGAUAUCAAUGUUGAUUGCCAGUCUGCUCCGCAAAUAUGAGGUACAACCUCAUCCAAGUUUGUCUAAAGAAGUGGGCUCCAAAGUUGACAGCAGCCACUCUCACCAUCUUCCAAACUCUAAGAUCAUCCUCACAAAAAGAAGGAUCUAACUGGAGGGUUUGGCAAGUGAAAAUUUGACACGUUUGCUUUCAUUAUAUUGUUUUUUACUGGUGUUACACCAGGACACCUUCUCUAGUUUCCUACCGUUGUUGGACCACGCUGAAGUCUGAAAAGGCGAUACUUUGCGAUGUGGAAGUUAUAUCUUUUUUCCCUCCAGAUUUUUGACAGACCCGGUGUGCUUCGUCCGAUCUAGUUUUUGUUGGGUUUUUGGAGCACCCAUGGGCUGUUAGAUCACAGGAGGUGUAUGCUGAUGUGCAUAGACAAGUUGGGGUUUUUAAGUUGGAGUUUUCUCCUCCCUCUAGGAGGAAUGUAAUGUCCAAUGUAUCAUGUUGUCUCGUUCUACUAAUGUAUUGUAUGACACAUGUAAACAUGUCCCAGCUGUUCUUACAGCAUAAUAAGUUGUGAAAAAAGUAUACGGAUA